AUGAGUUCUUACGUCGCCAAUUCGUUUUAUAAGCAAAGUCCCAAUGUUCCUGCCUAUGCCAUGCAAAGUUAUGGAAAUUAUGGAAGUGUGCCUGAGGUUCAGUCAUCCAGGUACUGCUACAGUGGCUUGGAUCUAAGCAUCACAUUCCCCUCCUCUGGGGCUGCCAACUCUCUGAGCGGCUUGGACAUGUCUGCAGCCCCCCGAGCUAACCCCGAGCGACCUUCCUGCACGGUCAUGGGUUCUUCAGGGCAUCCUUUAGCCAGAGACGACCAGGCACCUCUAAACCCCGGAAUUUACAGUCAGAAGACUGCUAACACGGCGCUGGAAGAGAGAUCUAAGAGCUCUGGCGAAAUCAAAGCUGAGCCCGUGCAAACAGCACAACAAGGAGGACCACAACUGCAGCAGCAACAACCUCCACAAAUUUACCCGUGGAUGACCAAACUACACAUGAGCCAUGAAACGGAUGGCAAACGGUCCCGGACCAGCUACACCCGCUACCAAACUCUGGAACUGGAGAAAGAAUUUCAUUUUAACAGAUACCUCACCCGGCGGAGGCGCAUUGAGAUAGCCAACAACCUGUGCUUGAACGAGAGACAGAUCAAAAUAUGGUUUCAAAACCGGAGGAUGAAGUGGAAGAAAGAUUCCAAGUUGAAAAGCAAAGAGGCUCUUUAG